UCACGUGAACACAGUGACGCGAAGAAAAUGUUCAUAGAGGACAGUGUUCGAGAGGAUCAAAACCGUCUGCUCCAGAAAGAAGUAGGUCCAGACCGAUCCAGCUAAGGAGUGAUACUGAGCAGAUACAUGGAUAGCCAAAUGAAGCAACGUGUCUUCACUGGGGUUGUGACCCAGCUCCAGGAGCAUUAUGGGAUGGUGGACCAGGAAGUGCGUUUUCAGAAGAGGUACAAAGGACUAAUACCAAGUUCCAGUAGUUAUGCCCCAGUCUCAAAUGGACCCCUAACCCACUACUAUUAUGCACAUAUGUCGAUUUGAGAAGCUUGGAUAGGUGUAAGCAAUAUAGCUAAAAUAUCUGUUUUGAUUUACUAAAUUAUUCAAUUCUAUGAGGUCAUUCAACUGGUGGUAAACACUGUGUGUACUGUGUUAACUCUGUGUGUGUCAGUGUGGUGAAGGGGAGAGUUCCGGCACUGGGGGAGAGGGUGCUGGUAAAGGCUGUCCUGGAUCUGUCUCAAUCACACAGCUGGAGUGCCCAGAGAGUACAGACCCUCGCAGAACACACACAGACGGCAAAGUUUCCUCGUCCUCUCCUGCCCUCCAUGAUGCCUGCACACGCACAGAAACCGGGCAUUCUGGGUAGCAAGCCGCAGCCUCUCCUCAAAUCUCCCAAGAUCCCUCCUCUCAUCCCCAGCAUCCUUCACACUGUGGCCAAGCCGGGGCUGCUGCAGACUCCAUCAUGGGGGGGUCAGUUUGAGGGCUGGGGCAGAGGCAUCAGGAAGAGACCUGCUGAGGCAGGGAGACGAGGAGACCGCCGGGAGGACAGCGGAGUGAGGGGUUGUGACCAGAAGAGGAGGAGGUGGAAGGAGGAGGAGGAUAAGGGAGCACACCCCAAAAAGACCUCCCCUACCCCAGUUCAGAGUCCCGCCCUCUUCUCUUGCUUCCCCAGGGAUUGUGUGUCCUGUGACAGUCUAGAGCUACAGCGUCGCUACCCCCAUCUCCCUCUCCCCCCAUCCGUCUGCCACCUGUCAAUCAGUUGGAUUGACAGCUUUCCUCCAUCCCAGCCCCUCCCCUUCCCGCUCCCACAGCCCUGCCUUUACCACAUAGGCCCUGUCGAGCCUGACCAACACAUACACACUGAGAGAGAGGGCGCAGAGUGCACUGUAAAGGUGCUGCUGUUGUCCAUGGCCAGUUCAGAGGAGCUGUACAGACAGUGCUGUGGGCUGCAGGACCGGAAAGAACAGCAGGAGGGUGCUAUGCACCCUGCCUCUCUCAUCAAGUUCCUUUUGGGGGAGGUAGGGGGUGAGUUUCGGGCCCUUGGGGGUCCGUGGUGUCUUGAGACAGAUGGCGGCGGUCCCAGUCCGCUGAAGGACCCUCGGGCACUGCUGAGGACAGCCCUGCGCUGUGUGAGGGAACAGAGUGGACUGGACCUCAGCGGCUGCUCCCAGUGGUAUAAGAUGGCUGAGCUGAGCUAUGUUUGUGAGGGGAAGCUGGAGACAGUGGUGUUUUUGUUACCUGAUGUCUGGCGGAUCGUACCUACAGAGGACGACUGGAGCACACUCAGGACUCAGGAGGAGGAAGGGGCCCCUCUCCCUGCCGCUCCAUGCCUGGUUGCAAGGCCUCGUCCUGGGCUAGCCCUCUGUCCCGUCCCCCUCUCCUCUCUCCUGGAGCCCCACACCUCCACAACCAAGGAGGCCUUUGAGGUGGGCUUGCUGGCAGAGUUGUUUUGUGAGAUGCUUCAGAGGGACUUUGGUCUACUGCUCUACCGCUGUCUCUGCUCUCUAACGCCUACACACACACCCACGGAGGAUGACCAGAUAAAGAACGACAAAAAGCAGAGAAUACGGGAUGAGAGGAGUAAAAGAUUUCAGGAAAGAGGAGAGAGUGGAGGGACAGCAGCGGAGGAGACUGAUGAUGAUGGAGAAGAGAUAGAUGAGAAAGAGGGAGAGGGAGAAAGAGAGAUGUUGGGAGAGGAGGGAAUUACUAGUGAGAAUUCAGACUGCCUCUUAAAGCACAAUGUGCUGUCUCGUAGGGUGUUGUUGGCCUGUGUGUUCUUUGACAAACGGCUCACUGGCGGCCUCAGACAAGCAGACCUUCACAACAUCUUACUGUCACUAGGGCUGUGGCUCACACCCACCCAAGUCCAGGUGUUGUUGAAUAAGGUGUGUGUGGAGGGGCAAUGUCCAUACAGGAUGCUAGCCUCUCGCUGGGAGGAGACGGAACACACAGAACCUGAUAUCAGCAUGGAAGGUAACCGUGGGUUGUUUCGUGGAGCUACAAAGAAGGAGAAGGCUUGUGGCCGGAAGUCUGGGGGAUCCAGGGGGCCAGCUGCAGCUGUGGGGGCCGAGGUGGUCUCCUACAAGGGCAGUGUGGUAAACAUCCCCAGCCUGCUACAGGCCCUGGAAGCAGCAGACAGAACACGGAAUGCCCUGGAGCUACGCAUCGCCACCCUACAGGACGCACUGGUGGAUGCUGCGGCUGUCACUCAGGGCCAGGAGGAGGGUCUUAGCAGCAGGCUGGAGAAGGUGGAACUUCGAAGCUCAUCCUAUGAGAAGAAGCUGAAGGAGGAUGCUAGUCACAUGUUUGCCCUCAUCCACAAAAUGCAGGAAAUGGUCGACAAGACGACAAGCCUGACUCAAUCAAAAACAGCAAAUGAAGAACACUGAUUGGUCGGAGCAGAACAGAGAAGUGAAGAUAAACUUGAACGAUUACAUUAUUACAUACACACGCGCACCAGCCGGCUUGACGGGGAUGAGUGAGUGACCACACACAUAUACAGUCAUGAUGGAAAGUAUUGGCACACUUGAUAAAGAUGAGCAAAAAAGACUGUAUAAAAAAAUGAUACAAUUACUGAGCUAUAAUGUAUGCUCCCAAAUUUUUUUAAAUGAUAUGAUUUUAUACUAAUACAACUGCUCAAAGAAAGAGAUUUUGUUUUUCUCAAUAGAUGGGGUCGAAAUUAUUGGCACCCCUCUUUUCAAUAAUCCGGCACCUUUGUGAGGAUAACGGCACAGCCUUUUUCUCUAAUGUUUUAUGAGAUUGGAGAACACAUUGGGAAGGAUGUUAGACCAUUCCUCCAUACAGAAUCUUUCCAGAUUAUUGAUAUUCUUCGUCUGCGCUCAUGGGACUGCCCUCUUCAAUUCAAACCACAGGUUCAAUCGGGUUCUAAUUCUGAGACAGAGCUGGCUAUUGCAAAAUUUAGAUUUUUGUGGUCAGUUAACCAUUUCUUUGUAGAUUUUGAUGUGUGCUUGAGGUUAUUGUCUUGCUGGAAGAUCCACUUGCAGCUAAGUUUCAGCCUCCUGGCAGAGGCAACCAGGUUUUUGGCUAAAAUGUCCUGGUACUGGGUAAAGUCCAUCAUGCCGUUGACCUUAACAAGGGCCCCAGGACCAGUGGAAACCAAAUAGCCCCAUAACACAUUUUACUGUAGGUACGGGGUUAUUUUCUGCAUAUGCAGAUGCCAGACCCACCACUGGCAUUUACAUUUGGAUAUCAUAUUUCUCCAAUGCCAAAUCAGUGUCUUAUUUGCAAUGAGAGAGCAUCGCGGACCAUAGCACUGUUAUAGAUCACUUUAUAUAAUCACAUCAGUUUUUAUUUAUCUUCAAAAAUAGAUAGGAAGAAAUACAAAGCCCUCUUGAAAUGAAUUAUUCCUACUCUAAUGUGCCUACUUUCAGCACCAUGAGCUGUCCAUUUCUGAUUGAUUGUGCCGCGGCUGCUGCUUCAAGUUUCAGCACCACAAUGUAAAUGACUGAAAUCUGGCUUAUUGUGAGGUCAAUAACUGAUAAAUACAUCAUUGGAAAGAAAAAUAUUGUUUUUAAUCAAAUCUAUUAUAGUAGUAACAAGCUAUCAAAGUUGACCUCCAUCUUUGCGCUCUCCUCAAAAUGAACAGAAUAUAGGCUAUAGGCUAGUCUGUGCGCAAGAGUGCAUUUUCUGGACUAGGUCUAAUAAAUAAAUAAAAAUCUGAAUAAGCCAUUGACUUCUCCUGAACUGCUACGGUAGUCCUGCACAGCCAUUGGUUAGGCAGCACAAUAACGUUUUGGAUGAGCAGAGCAGAGCAGGCCGGGGUUGGAAUAUCCAUUGCAGUGUGUAAUACAACCCAGUUUUAUUUGCACCAUCCCAGCAGCCAUCUUAGAAAUAUAACUUUGCUCUAUGUUUCUCCGAGCAGGCACUUUGUAUUCUAUAGGCUAUGGAUCAUUUGAUUGAACCACACUAAAUAGCCUGCAAGCACACUUGAUAUUCCGCGCCCAGCAGAGAAUCAGAGUUGAGGGGCAGCAUCAGGCACACGUCAAUCUAUAGCCUGUUAAGCAACUCAUUCUAAAACGCUUUCAUCAAUUACAUGACUCUCCCCUGGACUAGAAAAAAAAAAAGAAAAAAAAAUAUAUAUACAUACACUACCGUUCAAAAGUUUGGGGUCACUUUGAAAUUUCCUUGUUUUUGAAAGAAAAGCAAACAUUUUUUCCAUUAAAAUAACAUCAAAUUGAUCAGAAAUACAGUGUAGACAUUGUUAGUGUUGUAAAUUACAUUAAUGACAUUGUAAAUUACAUUCUAAGUGACCCCAAAAUUUUGACCGGUAGUGUAUAUACAAAACCCUCCUCCAGGUAACCAUUCUGUCAAUGUUUAUCCAACCUCUACUGUAAAAUAUGGUGGUGGAUCUUUGAUAAGCUCAACAUGUCAUGGAUCUGAUUCUGUAUUGGGGAGUCGUCUAAGAUCCCUCCCAAUGUGUUCUCCAAUCUAAUAAAACAUUUUGGAAAAUAUGUCUUUUAUUUCAUGAUGUCAAUGUUACUGCAAACAUUCUUCAUUCAACAACUCUACUUCCAUCUAUCGUUGUGACUUGGCAGGAAUAAACACGUUUGAAUAAAAAAAAAUCUGUGUAAAAAAA